CAGAGCGCUCGCUGGGCCGGGAGCGGAGCGAGGGCAGCGGGCGGAGCUGCGGGGCGGGCCCGGCUGCGCGCAGAGGAAGCGGAAAGGGCCGGGGCCGGUGCAGGGACCGUGCUGUGCCCAGGACAUGGCCGCGGCCAGGCUGCUGCGGGCGGUCGCCCCCAGGUUUAGGGGCCUUGAGUCUCUGGGGAAAGCGGCCCCCAGGACCUCCCAGCUCAGCAGUCGACUUUACGGAACUCUUCUUGCUCCAGAAGCAAAUCCUCCAGCAGACCCCAAUGCUAUUAAUGAGAAGCUCAUCACUGAGCCCCUCAAGCACUCGGACUUCUUCAACGUGAAAGAGCUCUUCUCCCUGAAAGAUCUCUUCGAUGCCAGAGUGCACUUGGGGCACAAAGAAGGGUGCCGUCAUCGGUUUAUGGAGCCGUAUAUCUUUGGCUGCCGCCUCGAGCAGGACAUCAUCGACUUGGAUCAGACAGUGAAACACCUCCAGCUGGCUCUGAACUUCACAGCCCACGUCGCCUACCGCAAAGGGAUCAUCCUCUUUGUCAGCCGCAACCGUCAGUUUGGCCACCUGGUGGAGGUCACGGCCAAGGACUGCGGAGAGUACGCCCACACCCGCUACUGGCAGGGGGGCUUGCUGACCAACGCCCACGUCCAGUACGGGAGCGGGAUUCGCUUGCCCGACCUCAUCAUCUUCAUCAGCACCCUGAACAACGUCUUCGAGCCACACGUGGCCGUUCGGGAUGCCGCCAAGAUGAACAUCCCCACGGUGGGAGUGGUGGACACGAACUGCAACCCCUCCAUCAUCACGUACCCCAUCCCUGGGAACGACGACAGCCCCCUGGCAGUGGAACUCUAUUGCAAGCUCUUUAAGAUGACCAUUACUCGCGCCAAGAACAAAAGGAAGCAGAUGGAGGUUUUGUAUGGACUGCAAAACAAAGCAGAGAGCGGUUAAAGCAGCCUCAUGCCCAGGUGCAAAAUCUGCAAGCUGGGUGAGGGUGAGCAGCUGGUGAUCUUUGACUUGUCGGCAGCCUGUAUACAGCCUGGGUGGAAGGGAGAGGAGGAUGGGAACGCGAGCUCCCAUCUUAGCUCUGAUCCAGCUCCCACUGAAGGCAGUGGAAGUAUUAACAUGACCUUGAGUGAGAAUUGGAUUGGGUGCUAGAAGAGAUCCCAGGUACUAGCAGCCCUCCCUCUGCUGUCAAUCUUCUGUGCACAUCUGUGAUUCGUAACUUGCCAAACAAUAAAAAGAAUAACUGCAUUUGUCAAUAUCAGUCGCCUCUGGGUGCCACUCCUCCCCCUCCCCCCCCAAAAGAAGCCAGAGCAACUAGAACUAUUCAAAGCUAAAUAGGAUAGGAAUGUCCAGUUCUCUUCGCUUCUAUUUGUCUCUUACACAAGAAGGAACAUGUAAAACAUCUGUCUUCUGAGUUCCCUCCUCCCUCAAACGUAUUGUGAAUUUAACUGGAUUUAAGUUCCCAUUCCCUCUCCUCUCACUUCUCUCUAGGACAAAAUAAAAUGUACCUUCUUUUUUGCAUGGAAA